AUGUCGCUUCCAAGACGAUCCUACGAUCCAAGGCGGGUAUGCCUCAUUCCGCUUCCGCAACUUCCCGCCUUCAUCCAGACGAGCAAGCGCCAAUUCGGCAUCUACCUCUCCGGUGCGCUCUUCGCUCUCGGCUGGUGGUUCUUCCUCGAUGCCACCAUCAUCUCGUCCAUGCGUCGUCGCGUGCCCAAAGAUCCCACUGUCCCCUACGAACCACCAGCGACCUACAUCACUUUCGCCGACUGGGUACCUGGUCUCUGCGGCACACUCGGCAUGGUCGUCGUCAACCUCAUCGACAAGCAGCACCUCACCGACGUCGGCGCCGCCUUCUCCUUUGGCGGCGGAGGCGGCUUCUCGGGUGACAGCGUCCAGUGGAGAGCAAGACUGUUCCUGUUCAUCGGAUUCGCAUUGAUGGCUGGCGGCUUGGCGGGGAGUAUCACCGUUCUCACCGUGAAGUACCUCGUGCCCUACCUGCCAGAGGGAUACGAGUACUAUGGCGUAGCAAACGUGGUGCAGAACGCUUGCAUCAUGUUUUCGACAGUGCUGCUGUGGUUGAGCCAGAACACCGAGAGCGAGUACGAGUACAACUUGACGCUCUGA